AUGUGUAUGUGCCGGACGUGCCUCAAAACUCCAGCGGAUAAGGACAUCUCAGAGUUAGAAAUGGGCAUAAAAGAGGGCACCAAAAGCAGCUUUGAAAUCAUGAUGUUUUGUUUAGGCAUCGAGGUUGAAGAUGAAACUCCAAUAAAAAUGGAAACCGAGGUAAAAGAAGAAAAUCCAUCUGAAGAUAUAGAAAGAGAUGUUAAGUAUGAAGACACCGCUGAAGAUGCAGAUUCAGAUAAAGAGCCAUUGUGUGUGAUACAAAAAGUUUACCAAGAAUAUGAUGAACAUAUUGGGGAAAAAGAAAAUUCACCAGUACUUAAAAAACAUGGCGAACCCAAAAAAAAAUCAAAACAAGGUUACAAAGUGUCUGAGGAGUGUGGGAAUUCUGUGAAGAAUCUUAAGCUGCAUAUGGCUCGGCACAUGCCUACAAAGGUGAGCAUACUAUGGCAACACAAGCUGCUAGCCCACAACCGGGCCGCGCUCCGGCACGGCUGCGUGUCGUGCGGUCGCUACUUCGCUAGGCUGUCCUCGCUGGCGGAACACAUGAUCACGCACACAAAAGGCUCAGAGGAUGGUGUCUUGUAUGAGUGUGACAUCUGUCAUAUGAAGUUCAACCGUAAGGGUGUUCUUUCGCGACACAUAUCACACAGAAAACAGCGUCCAUUCAAAUGUGAGGAGUGCGGGAAGAGUUUCACGAACGCAACUACUCACAGGAACCACCAGGUCAUCCACACCGGCGUCAAGAACUUCCGCUGUGAGGUGUGCGACGUGGCCUUUAGCAGAUCAGAAUACCUUCGCAAGCACAUGGUCAGCCACACGAAGGAGAGGAAUCACCCGUGCCGGUUCUGUGGCAGACGUUUCGGUCGCACGGACCACCGCCGGAAACACGAGAUCAAGGCACACGAGAAACGUCUCAAAACCGACUGACCACCCUAUCGCU